AUGCAGGAUCCAAAUGAAGACACAGAAUGGAAUGACAUUUUGAGAGACUUUGGCAUUCUUCCUCCAAAAGAAGAACCACAAGAUGAAAUUGAAGAAAUGGUUUUACGUCUACAGAAAGAAGCACUGGUUAAACCAUAUGAAAAGAUGACGCUUGCACAGUUGAAAGAAGCUGAAGAUGAAUUUGAUGAUGAAGAUAUGCAAGCAAUUGAAAUAUAUAGAGAAAAGCGGUUGCAGGAAUGGAAAGCUCUUAAGAAAAAACAAAAUUUUGGGGAAUUAAGAGAAAUAUCUGGAAAUCAAUAUGUGAAGGAAGUCACAAACGCAGAAGAAGAUGUGUGGGUUAUAAUACAUCUAUACAGAUCAAGCAUCCCAAUGUGUUUGUUGGUUAACCAACAUCUUAAUCUCCUUGCAAGAAAGUUUCCAGAAACGAAAUUUGUUAAAGCCAUUGUGAAUAGCUGUAUUCAACAUUACCAUGACAACUGCUUACCAACAAUUUUUGUUUAUAAAAAUGGUCAGAUAGAAGGCAAAUUCAUUGGAAUUAUGGAAUGUGGAGGGAUAAAUCUCAAACUAGAAGAACUUGAAUGGAAGCUAGCAGAAGUUGGAGCAAUACAGACUGAUUUGGAAGAAAACCCCAAAAAAUGCAUUGUAGAUGUGAUGGUAUCUUCAAUUAGAAACACCUCUAUUUAUGAUGAUAGUAACAGUUCAAACAGUGAUAACGAUACACUAUAG